AUGAAGUGGAGCGUGCGGGGAGCUUGCGCCGCGCUCUCCAGCUGCCUCCUGCUCGCCUGCGCCCUCAGCGCCGCCGCCGUGGGCCUCAAGUGCUUCUCGCUGGGCUCCGAGCUCAAGGGCGAGCCCUUCCGCCUGGGCACCGCCGCCGGCGCCUUCUACUCGGGGCUGCUGCUGGCCGCCGGCCUCUCGCUUCUCGCCGCUGCGCUGCUCUGCUGUCGCCCGCCCGACGAGGCGCCCGUGGCGCCGGCUCCGGCACCGGCCCCACCGCCGGCACCGGCCUCCGCUUUGGCCCCCGCCGGGGACCCGGACCCGGCCAGCGGCGGCCCCGGCGGGGCGGAGGCGGCAGCCGCGCCGUCGGGGCCGGUGGAGAAGGCGUCGCCCGGGGGCCGGCAGAACUUCCUGCUUCUGGGGGUGCUGGUGUUCAUGCUGGGCGUGCUGAGCGCCUUCGCCGGCGCCGUCAUCGACGGCGACACCGUGUCGCUGGUGGAGAGGAAGUACUCGCAUUAUUGCCUGCUGCAGCCCGGCACCGCGGCCCGCCCGCGGAGUGGACCCGCGGCCCCCGACGGCACCGCCGCGGCGCUCCGCUGCCAGAAGCUGCGGGACUACCAGCAAGGCUUGGUGCUCUCCACCGUUUUCAACGCGCUGGAGUGCCUCCUGGGCCUGCUUAACCUGCUUCUUGUCAAGAACUACAAGGCCGCGCAGCAGCGCGGACGGAGGCGGCGGCGGCCGAGCGGCCCCGGCGGCGGCAGCAGCGGGCGGGCGGCGGCGGCGGCGGGGGGCGGCGGCGGUGGGCGGCGAGCGCCGCGCCACAGCCAGGGCUCCCUCUUCUCCGGCGGCGAGCCCGAGCUCAGCCCCGGGGACUGCCCCUUCCAGGCCGUCUCCUACAUCAACGUGGGCGUCUUCCACGUCUUCGACGAGGCCGGCGUGGAGGUGCACUGUGGCGGACAUCCCUCCGUCGAGCUGCCCGGCUACUCGCCCAUGGACCCCGAGCUCAACGCCUCCUAUCCCUACUGCUACCCUCUGCCCAGCGAGCAGCCCCCUGCCUACGAGGAGAUCUACCCCGGGGAGCCCUGCGCUCACGGCACUUAGCGCCUGCCGCCGCCGCCGGGACGCCCGGCUCCCCGCCGGGACCCCGGAUCGCCGUGACGGCCGGGAGCGGGCCCGUCAGCGCUUCGCAGCCGCGGGGCUCGGGGACAGUUCUCGCACCACCGACGGGAUGGUCCCGCCGUCGCGGGCGCAGCGGGACACGGGCGGCGUGCCGCCGUGCCUCUGGCUCUGCGGAAGCUUCUCCUCCCUCCCUCCCUGCUCUCCUCUUGCUUCCCCUCCUUCCCUCCCCCACACCGACCCUUCGUCCGCCGGCGGCUGAAUUUUCCGAAGGCUGCGCAAGAAACGCCUAAGGGUUGGUUCCUCCCGUCGCCUCUCCUCUGUAGCCAAGUUUAGUUCCCUUCAAGUGAUUCAUCAGUCUCCAGCUUUAGCAGUCCAGAGUUACCCAUUUAUGAUAACCAGCCAGUGUAAGGAAAAGGUGUCAUGAAGCUUCUUUACCUCUCAAAAGAGCUAAAUUUCUAAACAACGCAGAGACAUUUGUGUCACGUUUACUAGAGGUGUAUUGGGGAUCUUUAACGUUUACACUACUCCUUGGGAGAAUUGAGUUCUGUUUUAAGAUUUAGUGAGUUAAAACAUUCGUUGGUCUUGUAAGAUGCACAUUGAGAAAAACCUGCACUUUGAAAAAGAAACAGGAAAAAAUCAACAACGUUUUUGUACACUAACGUGCCUGCUUUUGUUGAUAACUUCUUACUGUAAAAGCUUUCAGAAGUCUAUAGUGAAAAUGUUUGGUAAAUUCACUGCAGUUUAAAAUUGAUGAUUAGUUCCUUUACUAAAAUAACUGAGAUGUUGCUAGGAUAUGGCAGUUAAAAAGGAAGUCCAAAUGUAGUACACAUUCCUUUUUGUAAACAGGUUCUGUGUUUUUAAUGCAAGGCAGGAUUUCUUUUUGUUUUGCACAGGUGAAGGGUAUAAUUCUAUUUUGUACAACUACAUGGUUUACCUUGUAAAGAGUUCCAUUUUACCUGUUACAAUUCAUCAAUCUGGUAAGCUUGAAUAUUAAAAGUUUUAUUUGAAAAAUAUAUAUAUUGUAAACAGCCUUAACUGGUGCAGUAGUCACAGUUU